CUGCCUGUCAGAUGCCUCAAUCCCAGCUGUGAUGCUCAGAGAGAAACCAUGAGCCCUGAAAAACACCUUAUUGUCUUGUGAUGUCACCUCUGGAAUGUUCUGAGUGUUUUGGUGACCAACUUCUACAUAGGACCUAUACCUGGCACCUCACAUUGCACUCGAGGCCAAAUUUUACAAGAAAAAGAGAUACCAGAUCUGAAAACCUAGAAAUUCCAAUCAAUGUGGUUCUGCCUCAGAGGGGCACGGCUGAGCCCUUCCUGAGGCUGCACAACCUCUAUUCCACCCCUCGCUGCGCAAGGCAGGCCGCCCUGCCCCGGCCGAGCCGCAGGGUCGCCAGCCAGCACUCGUACCCGCUGAACCGCUUCUCCUCGGUGCCCACGGACCCCAUGGAGCGCCCCACCUCGCAGGCCGACCUGGAGCUGGACUACAACCCGCCGCGCGUGCAGCUCAGCGACGAGAUGUUCGUCUUCCAGGACGGGCGCUGGGUGAACGAGAACUGCCGCCUGCAGUCGCCCUACUUCUCGCCGUCGCCGUCCUUCCACCACAAGCUGCACCACAAGCGGCUGGCCAAGGAGUGCCUGCUGCAGGAGGAGAACAAGUCCCUGCGCGAGGAGAACAAGGCCCUGCGCGAGGAGAACAAGACGCUCCGCAAAGAGAACAAGAUCCUGCAGGUGUUCUGGGAGGAGCACAAGGCCACGCUGGGCCGGGAGGACAGCCGGGCGUCGUCGCCGCUGCUGCACAAGGACGCCGCGUCCCCGGAGCUGGCCAAGAAGGACGCGGCGGCGGCCCCGCAGGUGCACCGCAACAAGGAGAGCAGCACCCUGCAGCUGCUGCGGGAGGAGAACCGCGCCCUGCAGCAGCUGCUGGAGCAGAGGCAGGCCUACUGGGGCCCCGGGGAGGACAAGGCGGCCCCUGCCGACGACAGCAAGCCCGCCGCGUCGCCGCACGAGGAACCGCACAGCCCCGGGCUGCUGCCCGACCAGAGCUCAGGCCUCUGCUCCUCGUUCGAGGAGCCCAAAGGGACCUCGACGCCACAGGAGGACUCCAAGACGCUGCGAGCGCUGCGGGAGAUGGUCAGCAACCUGGCCGGGCCCUCUGGGGAGGAGGAGAGCAAGGCCGGCCCAGGCCUGCCCGACGGCCCGUCGCUGCAGCUGCUGAGGGAGAUGAACCAGGCGCUGCAGGCCCUGCGGGAGGAGAACCGGCUGCUGCAGGAGGAGAACAGGGCCCUGCACGUGCUGCGGGAGGAGCACCGCAUCUUCCAGGAGGAGAACAAGGCCCUGUGGGAGAACAACAAGCUGAAGCUGCAGCAGAAGCUGGUCAUCGACACGGUGACCGAGGUCACUGCCCGCAUGGAGAUGCUCAUCGAGGAGCUGUACGCCUUCAUGCCGGCCAAGAGCAAGGACCCCAAGAAGCCCAGCAGGGUCUGAGGCCUCGCCGUGUGCCGGGACGCCGGGCUCGGGGCACGGGGCCGGCGGAAGAGCGUCCCCUGCCUUCCCCAGCCUCCUCGCCUUCGCCACCUGUUCACGCCCCCGGGAGAGCAGCGUCAUCCGCCUUCCCAAACGCAGAGAAGUAAUAAAGGUGUGAGGAGGCUGGGGCCGGUCAACGCCA